CAGAUUAAUCAAGACCGUCGGAGUUGCAAUUUAGGACGCGGCACAUACCCCCGGAACCAUCACCCAGUGACUUUGUUUGGUCUCUGGCGUCCGUCUUCUCGGAACGGAACGGAAAGGGUGAGCAGCUCCUCUGCAAAAGGAUGACGACUAUCCAAUGCUGUGGCUCACCCGCAGCCACAGCAGCAACGCUACUUCACAGCCAUUUUCGUCACCUCCGUCACAAGCUCUCUCUCCUCACUAACAAACCCACUUCUCCUCCUUCUCCUGAUCCUGCUAUAACACUUACCAGAAGAGACAUUUCGCUUUCCGCCAUAGUUCCCACUUCUUCAUUCUUCUUCCUCCCGGCUUCUCCUGCGAAAUCUGUCCCCGCCGAGUUCUUCGAGCUCCCGGGCUCCGGUGGCGUCAAGGCACUUGACCUUCGCGUUGGGUCCGGAGAUGUCUCCGCCACCGGCGAUCAGGUUGCGAUACAUUACUUUGGGAGGUUGGCUGCGAAACAGGGAUGGCGGUUCGAUUCGACAUAUGAUCACAAGGAUGAUACAGGGGAACCAAUCCCUUUUGUGUUCACUCUUGGCUCUGGCAAGGUAAUUUCAGGUAUCGAAACGGCCGUCAAGUCUAUGAAGGUCGGUGGUGUCCGUAGAGUCAUCAUUCCACCAUCACAAGGAUAUCAGAACACAUCCCAAGAGCCCAUACCCCCAAAUGUCUGUUAUGUCGUAGUACAUCCCACGGCCUCGUACCAUCUAUUUGUUUGUUUUGAUCAUUUGUAGUCUUUUCGCUGGCUAUUACAUUUUUUUGACAGGCAGAGGCUGUUCACAACAAUUUUUAAUCCAACCCGUCUUGCUAAUGGAGAAGGCUCAACGCUUGGAACUCUCAUUUUCGACAUAGAGCUCGUCAGCUUGAGGCAUCGUGAAGUUCCAUGACCGCUGGAUCAGGUUUUUUUCAAUGCAGCGGGUGAAGCCAUCUCCCGCCAUCUUCUCCUUUCAUUUUCCAGGAACCAGGAUGAAAUCUGUAUCUGGACAAGACGAAGAGGAGCAGUAGACCCGAAGGAUGGCACUUUGUUUUUUGAAAUGUGGGAGUCUUUACAAGCAACUCUUCCUCGAUUUCUUUAAACGGCGAAGUUGGUCAGACUUCUUUGGUCUGCUCCAACCCAGAAUUCUCCGUGCAGCUGCUGAUCAUAGUCAUCAAUUGUUGUAUGCAACUGUAUAAACCGAGGCUAUAUGUAUAUAUUAUACGGCUAACAGGUACCAUGUAAGAGAUGCUGAGGUCUCUGGAAGGAUAGACAUUCUGAGGUCUCCGGAUGGCAAUGGUCACUGUGUCAAUGGUUUGAUUCCUAUUAAUAUAUACAGCCAGGGGCUUGCGCAGAUGUAUAUAUGUUCAAUUUGUUAUUUAUUUUGUG